AUGGUCACAGAGAUAUUUUUUGGAACGGAAGAUGAACAAGAUGCCAGAUUUGUUCAGUUGCAAGACUGCAAGCAUGUCUUUGAACAUACCGGCCUUGACAAGUGGAUGGACAGGAAUGAAUCUGAGGAAAUACAGUUCAAAAAGUGCCCUCGCUACAGCAUUCUCAUUCGAACAAGUUUGCGCUAUUACAAUGAAGUAAAGAAAGUUCACAAUCACUUUGAGGAAAUCAAGAAAGAGCAGCUUCAAAUGUCAAACAUUGGCCAAGUUCUAAUACCCAAAUUUAGGGAGCUAAAAUCAAAGAGAGGGCAAUGUGUGGAAGUUAUAGCUGGUGUUAAGAAAAUUGAGUCCCUGUUAAGUACGUAUACACGGCCUCGCUACAUUUUGCCCCACUGCCUGAAUGCCAUUCAGAACCAGCUGGUAAUACUACCAACUAUUGUCACUAUGUACAAUGAGUUGACUCAAGUAGAGCAAAAGAGCUGGCAGUUCAGAGACUGCAAGAUAAGCAGGGAAGAAGUUCACCGACAGCUACAAUGUGUGCAAAAGUUUUUAAUGCAACAGUCUCUGACAGACCAACAGCUCAGUGAUAUCCAAUGUGAAAUCAGGCGACUCAACUGCACGAUUCGUCUUUUGAAGCUCCACUCGCUUAUUAAAGAGAAACAAAUUACCAUCACACCUGAAGAACAAGAGCGUUCCGAUAAGUCUGCAAGUUAUGUCUACCACAGUGGAGCAAGACACAAUAUUCCAAAAGUCUCUAAAGAAUUUGUGGAUGGAUUUUCGAAACUAAUAACAUUCUUUGAAAAAAAAUACAAGCUUGAGGGGAUAACGGAAGAGGAGCGUGUGGAGAUUGUCAAAGCUAUGGGUCUACAAAAGGGCCAUUGGUUCAAAUGUCCAAACGGACACUACUACUGCAUCACAGAGUGUGGUGGAGCAAUGGAAGAAGCCAAGUGCCCUAAUUGUGAUGCCAGGAUUGGUGGAGCAAACCAUACACUUCGGGGAGAUAAUCGUCUGGCACCGGAAAUUGAUGAUGCACGAUAUGCAGCCUGGUCGGACCAAGCCAACAUGGCGAACUAUCAGUUUUAA